UGCCACUCAGUUUCGUUACAGCUAACCACACAAGGAGAUACCUGGACCCCAGCUGAUGUGGUCUGAGAACUUGAUGGAGAAAAACUUGAAUUUACUUUUACUUAAGUGAAGAAAAACUUUCUGAUCUGGAUUGCACAUGGCAAGAAAAGUCUACACUUAAUGCAAACUGUUGGACUUUCUGUUUGCUCUUUGUGUCAAGUCAUCUGUGUUUUUGGAGAAAAAUGUCGUGGGACUGUGGCCUGAAAUAUGUGUUUUCUGUGCCCCCUGCACUGCAUCAGGGGAAUAAGUGCAACUUGCAUGACAAGGAGGAUCUGUCCAGACUAGAGAUGGUCCAGAGGCUGGCAAAGGACGGCUGCCGAUUCUUGCAAAAUCAUAGCAAGAGCCCAGAGAAGGCAAGUGAGCCUCAGAGUGACGAGGCAGUCCGCUUCUGUCUCAGGGAGAGCGGCCGCGAUGUGCUCAUUCUCCAGAGAGUGUCGUCAGAGCAGCCAGCCCUCACCGCACUGGCAAGGGGAGGAGGGAAAGAGGAGGCGAGGAACAGGAGGUACGUGGUGGUGUCAGGGACCCCUGAGAAGAUCCUGGAGCAUCUGCUAAGUGACAUGACACUGGAUGAUGACUGCGGGACAACACAGGGCAAAGAGUCAGAUAAACUUCUGGAUGACUUUCUGCUCACCUACCCGGUUUUCAUGUCAACCAGUGAUUUAUGUCAAGCCCUGCUAGGACACUAUUACACCAAACGACACAGAGGAAUGGAGGAGCCGAAGGAGGCUCUGGAGAGAAAGCAAAAAGUCCUGCAUCUGGUGUCUCAUUGGAUGUCUCGCUGCAAAGACUUCCUGAGGGAAGACCAGCAUGUCAAACUCUUCUUGAAGACUUUAUAUCGGUAUGUGCUGAAUGAUCUCUAUGAGCAUCCUACCCUUGAGAAGGAGAUGGGCGAGCUGCAGAAACUCUACCAGUUGCAUCGCAGACAUACAGGGGAUGAAGAUUCUCCUCACAGAAAGAGCAAAGCGCUUUUCCACCAAUUGAGCUGGAAAGAGAACGUGCCGCAGUCCAGGGGCUCGCAGAGGGAGACUAAGGAAGUGUUGUGUCAUGUGUAUGUCACCAUGGACUCGUACCUGAGCAUGAGGGUCCACUCUGAGGUGGUGGUCCAGGAGCUUUUGCAGGCAGUGGCAGAGCGGAUGGGUGUUUCUCAAGGGGAACUACUACUGGUUGCAAUAACAUGUACUGGAGGCAGACUCCUCCUGCAGCCGCAGGAAAGAGUUUUCUCUGCUUCCUUUCGGUCAGUAGAGAGGCUGCAUGUUUGCAGGAAGGAUCUCAGUGAAGUCCAGAACCCAUUUGUGGACAACUCAGAGAUUCAACAGAGAACAGCUCGUGUUCUGAGUUUGAACACAUGGGAUGUGGCUGUUGCCCUCACCGAUCUUGACUGGACCAUUUUUGACUCGAUGCAUGAGCAAGAGGUGAUCUAUUUCACCUUCAACCGCCAUGUUUGCAGUACCUACACGAUGGCAUUGGAACUGCUGCUGCAGCGCUGCAAUGAGGUCCAGCUGUGGGUGAUGACUGAGGUGCUGCUGUGCCCAACGCUCUGCAAAAGGGUCCAGCUCAUCAAGAAGUUCAUCAAGAUUGCAUCUCACUGUAAAGCACAAAGAAAUCUCAACUGCUUCUUUGCAAUAUUCAUGGGACUGAAUGCUGCAGCUGUUAGUCGCCUUAGUCACACAUGGGAGAAAGUUCCUGGAAAAUUCAAAAAGCUGUUUUCAGAACUGGAAGCUAUCACUGAUCCCUCACUGAACCACAAAGCCUACAGGGAGUCCUUGAAGAAGAUGAAGGUGCCAAAGAUCCCCUUCCUUCCUCUGCUUCUGAAAGAUAUUACUUUUAUCCAUGAAGGCAACAGGACAUUUCACAACAACAUGGUCAACUUUGAAAAGCUGCACAUGAUAGCCGACAUGGUGAGACUCAUCCGGCAAUGUCAGAAGGAUCGCAUGGGAAAUGGAAUCACACAGAAGAGCAGCUCAGAGGUGCGAGCCUACAUUGAUUGCCUUCACGUCAUUGACAAUCAGCAGACUCUGUUCGAGCUGUCACACAGGCUGGAGCCUCGGGCUUAAGGGGAACAGCUCCUCCUCCGCUUCCCACUCCUUUUGAUUUGCUAAGGAACCACUUAUCACUGUCUCCUUUUGAUAGCUCAGGACUCAGUCAGCAAUCACAGGCAAACUGCACAAUCCCAGCUGAACACGGGAGGGAGACUUUCAAUCAUGAGACUGUCAGCAACCACAUAAACAAGCAGAAAAAAGGCUCGUCUUUGGGUGUCGGUGAAAGAUGUUUGCAUACAUGGGCAGCAGUGGGGCUGAUCCAUGGCAGCUGAGAGCACGUUCAGCCAAUACCAUCUUACUGUGGAGCUGCAGUGCCAGCAUUUAAACUGCAGCAGCAGCAGAAGGCAUGAGCUGCAGACGUUCAUCAGUAUGGUCUACAUCAGAGCACUGCUGCUGUUCAUGUCUAGUCCUGCAGAUGGCACAGGUUUUCAGCUGCACUGAUGGACUGACCACUCCUCUGUGACGCACAUUCAAUAAAAGCUGUUUGCCUGCAGGUAAAUUGAACAACCAUGGUGUAAAAUCAUCACAAAUCCAAAAAACUGCAUUUCAACCAGUCCUGAUUUAGCAAUAUUACUGGUCUUCAGCACACCAUGAAGCAGCUUACAUAAAUAACAUUAUAAAGUUCUGUUUUUAUAGGCGCCAGUGGAUGAAAGUUGUUUUUUAAACUUAACCACCAAAUAUUUUAUCUCACAAAUCAAUUCCGUGUUAAUCAGGCAGAGACUGCAAUGAAAACUGUGAGGAAGAACCAUGCAAAUGCACAUUUGCAACAUACAAUAUGUCCUUAUUUAAAUAAAAAGCAGACCUAACAUCUAUUUUUUCAACAUAAACAUCUGUUUUUGCAAUAAUUUUAAUUUAACAGGCUCAGUUUAUGGUUUAUAAUUAUUUUCCUGCAUUAAACUCUAAAAUUAAUGUUAGAUUGUGCUAUCAAUUGGUUCCUGGUUUUUAUUUGCAUAUUUGGAAAUCUCAAUAAAAAAAAAACAUAAAGAAAUUACAAAGAAAACAAUGCUAAUUUUUAGUAUAUUUUACAUUUGUAGCCUGAUGUCUUCCAUUUACUUAAAAUCUGGACAAUUAGUUCAAUAAUUCUCCAAAUGUUUACUUUCACCUCUCAGUAUUGUUCAGUUAUUUAGAAUUUGGCUUUAGGUUUUUAUUUUUGUUACCAAGAGAAAAAGGGACAAGAAAAAGAAAAAAGAAGAAAUGGAAAACACAUGCUAAGGCACCUUCAAUCUGGUUAAAAUAUAAUUUAAGACUUUAAAAGUAAAACCCUCUGUUCUUGUGCAGUAAAAUAACAAUGUACAGAUUCUGUAUGUGUGAACUUUCUAAUGACAGCAUCAUUUAAAGCAGUUCAAGUAGACACUGAAGUGAGAUCAUUUCGGCCCCCUUUGCUUGUGUAUUUUAUAUUUUUAAACCUCUUGUCAUAAGAAAGAAAGUUCCUAAGGAGCCUCUUAUUUUGAAAAACAGAGUACAGUUGAUUUUAUUUAUACUGUGUAUAUACAUGUUUAGAUGUAUUAAAGUUCUGAAUAACAUUUAUUUCAGAAUCAUUGAUCUGUUCUAUCAAUACAAUAAAGUACAACUUUCUGUUUAUUACUUUUGUCAAAACAUGUCAAACCAUGACUGUGCAAGAAAUAAAACUUUUUAUCACUA